CCCAACCACCGUGGAGUGGGACUGGACCUUAUCGAGCAGAUCCGACAGGUUGGACUCAUGGAGCAGAACCCCUGACAGUCCUUGUCCAGGCCUCUGCAGACCCUGAACACCAGAACCAGCAGAAUCUCAGCUCUGUCUCCGCAUGUUCAGACAUGGGCGACUGGUCCUACCUGUCCUCGCUGCUCGACAAGGUCCAGUCCCACUCCACGGUGGUGGGGAAGAUCUGGAUGAGCGUCCUGUUCCUCUUCAGGAUCUUCGUCCUCGGUGCUGCUGCAGAUAAAGUUUGGGGAGACGAGCUGUCCGAGUUCUCCUGCGACUCUCUGGAACCAGGAUGCGAACACGCCUGCUACAACUGGAAGUUCCCCAUCUCCUACGUUCACUACUGGGUGCUGCAGAUCACCUUCGUGUCCACGCCCACCCUGGUCUACCUGGGCCACGCCAUGCACGUCAUCCACAAAGAGAAGAGGCUGAAGCAGCAGGACGGAGAAAAGAAAAGCCGCUACACCGACGACAGAGGGAAGGUGAAGAUUAAAGGCAUCCUGUUCUGCACAUACAUGAUCCAGCUGCUCUUCAAGAUCCUGCUGGAGGUGGGCUUCAGCGUCGGCCAGUUCUACAUCUUCGGUUCGGUGUUCAUGGAGUCCUUCUUCCACUGCGCCAUAUCGCCGCCCUGCGCCCGGUUCUCCGGUGCGCUGUGUUACAUCUCCAGACCCACGGAAAAGACCGUCUUCAUCAUUUUCAUGCUGGUAGUUUCAGGGAUCUCUGUGCUGCUCAACAUCAUCGAGAUUCUCUACCUGCUGUGCAACAGGAGGAGAAACAACCAGAAGAAGCUGUUCGCUCAGCAGCAGCUUCUCACGUCACAGUACCAACCGUCCAAUCAGGGCUGGCCGAGCAGCAGGUACGGAGGCUUCCACCUGCCGCCGCCACCGGCCGGAGGAGUGACUGAACUCAGCGACUCCAUCAGUAAAGAAAAGUUCACCUGACACACCUGUCUGCACAUGAAAACACACCUGAUACACGAAUGUCGGAUGUUUGGGUUUUUUUUGCUUCAGUCCUGUUAAAUAUUCAACACUUUUCCACCUGGUGGAUGUGAAACGUUCUUACCUGAACUGUUGAUGUUCUGUUGCUCAGAAUAAUAAAGUUUUCAAACAUCCUCACAGUCCAGGAAGAAGCUGUUCUGUGACUGUGCUGCAAUAAACGCUGAACUCAAACACA